GCAAGUCCCACUUCUUCACCUCCAUCAUCACAAGAUCCACUGGAAGAUGAAAGUCAAAAAUUAAUAGACUCAGCUUCUUUACUCUUAGAAAAAGGUGAUAUAGAAGGAGCCAAAGACCUAUAUGAAAAGAGUAUUUCAAUCAAACCAACUUCAACUUCUUAUUAUAAUUUAGGUAUCACUUUAUAUCAAUUAAAAAAAUUACCUGAAGCCAUUAAAGUUUGGGAAACCUCAUUAAAUCUUAAUCCAUCAUCUGAUGUACAUACCAAUUUAGCAUCUGCUUAUAUCUUAUCAGAACCACCUCAACCUCAAAAAGCUCUUUAUCAUUUAAAACAAGCUGUUGAAUUAGAUCCUACAGAUGGAGAAAUCAGAUUCAAUUUGGCUGCUGUUAAUGAAGCUAAUAAUCAUUUACAAGAUGCUUUGGCUGAGUAUCAACAUGCUCGUCGAUUGGGUAUCAAAAGAGCAGAUCAAAAUAUCAGGAAUGUAUGUCUAACUCUCAAUCUCUCUCUCUGA